AGGCCGCUAUUGUUGUAAGUUGUAACGGUGUUUGUUUGUCCGUUAAUAUCAACUUGCUAAACUCCUUCGCCUGCUUAAGUUUUCUCUCUCCUCUGUUCGUCUGCAGCAACCCAAAAUGGCAUUUAAUUUUGAAUUCAAACUCUUAUUAAUUGCUUCUUCAUAAUCUCAUCUGCUUUCCUAACCUCAAUAACUGAUCCUCAGUUAAUGUGCCUAACCCCCACCAUAAAAUCCAAUUGCAAAGCUUGAUCGUGACAACAACCAACCAGAACGGCUGAAAUGAAACCCUAGAUUCCUCGAUUCUCUAAAUUUUCCUACUUUCUUUAUCCUUUUAAGCCCUAGUUGUUCCAAUUUUAUUGUUCUGUAGUUCUGCCCCGAAGAUUUGGUUCUUGGAUGGAUUUUCAAUUGGCCAAGAAGGGGUUUGAUUUCUCCCGGAGAAAUAAGAAAUGGCUGAUUUUACUGGCCUUUUCCGGUGUUUCUGGUUAUGGACUGUAUAAGGUGUAUAAUAUGCCCUCCGUUGUCAAGAAAAGGAGGAGAUUGAUCAAACUUGUCGGUGCUUUAAUUUCUAUUGCUGAAAUGGUGUCCGAUUCCGCCGAGACGAUUAACAUUGUUUCCAGGGACCUGAAGGAGUUUCUACGGUCCGAUUCGGAUGAAAUUCCUAAUAGCUUCAGGCAAAUUUCUAAGAUUAUUAAAUCUGAUGAGUUCUCUCAGUCGUUGACUAGGGUUUCUCAGGCGGUGACGGUUGGGAUCCUGAGAGGCUACAAGGCGCAGUCGAUAAAUGAUCAGUUAGCAUCAAGCUCAACGAAUUCGAGUUUCGCUGAUAAGGCGAUGGACAGGUUGUUCUCGAGUGCUGCGACCGGGUUUGUUUCUGUUGUUGUUGGUAGUUUUGCCAGGAAUUUGGUUUUGGGGUUCUAUUCUAAUGUUGGAGCUGAUGUGGAUCAAAGUGGGUCGAGCAUAUCAGAUUUGCCUAGAUGGGUUAGUGUGGUUUCUGAUGAUCGGUGCAAGCAGCUUAUAGCUGAUUGCAUACAGAAGUUUGUGAGCACAGCAGUAGCUGUUUAUCUUGAUAAGACAAUGGACAUCAACACUUAUGAUGAGAUGUUCUCUGGGUUGACCAAUCCCAAGCAUCAAAGCGAUGUGAGAGACAUUAUGGUUUCUGUCUGUAAUGGUGCUGUGGAAACGCUUGUUAAAACAUCUUACCAAGUGUUGACAAAUCCGAGUUCCAAUUCGAAACUUAAUUUAGGUUCCAGUUCUGGUUCUACGUAUUCAAUUGUUGAGCAGAAUGAAGGACUAAGUGCAGCAAGAGAUGAUUAUUUCAAGCAAGAAGUACGUUUGAAAGACGGAUACUCACGUGAAGGGGAUCAAGGUGGUAGAUGGUUUGAUAAGGUUUCGUCUACUUUGGCUGUACCAGGCAAUAGAAAGUUUGUGGUCGAUGUGACUGGGAGGGUGACUUUUGGAACGAUAAGAUCUAUUGUGGAGUUUUUGUUGUGGAAGAUAUCAGAUUGCUUGAAGAGAAUGCUUAAUGUAGUUCAGGAAGAGGUUGUAGACAGGGGACUAGAGGUUAUUAGAUAUUUUGGGGCCAAAUCAUCUGUUAUUGUUACCAUAUGUCUUGCCCUGUAUUUACAUGUUCUGGGUGGGACUAGGGUUCUCUUACCUGCUUAAAUCCAUUGCCUUGCCCCUCCUUAAUGAAGCAGUCCUGGUAUGACAUAGACCUUCUUUGUAUGAUCCCUAGCUCGAAAUUUUAAUGCAAUAGUAGCUCGUUCUCAUUUU